AUGCAUCCCCAUCUCCAUACCAAGAACGCCCUGGCCUGCGAAGAUGUCAUCGCCGUCCUCGAGGAGUGCCACGCCAAGGGCUUCAUGCACAAGGCCGUGGGCAGCUGCAACGAUGCGAAGGAGAAGGUGAACCAGUGCUUGCGCAUUGAGCGAUCCAAGAUUCAAGCCGAAAACCGAAACGCCGCCCGGGCGAAGCGAGACAAGAUCAAGGACGCCCAGAAGGAGCUGGGACUAUGA